AUGUCGGCCACAGGCACUUUUCGGGGAAAGCCCAAUCAGACCAUCGGGAGAGGAAGACUGCCCGAUUUCGGAAACGAUCCCAGCGCUUCCCACAUCCCACGACCCAGGCCAGAAUCUUCAGCCACAAACAAUACACCUUCCAGCGACGUCGGAAGUGGCACGAUGAGCGCCGCAAGUAGCAGACAGCGACAAAACCAGUCGAAACGUGAUGAGGCUAUCCGCCGCAAAAUGGAGGCCGACCUCAGCAAAAAGAGGAACGCUCCGGCAAAAUCGAGGAGCUCCCGCAAAGCCCCUCCCGGCACCGUGCUCGCCCUGAAGCCUAGCCAAGCCCUCCAGAUCAAGCCUGCCAUGAGCAUCGCAGAGGCCGCCCAGCUUAUGGCCGCCAAGAGAGAGGACUGUGUGUUGGUCACUGACGACAAUGAGCGCAUCGCGGGUAUUUUCACUGCCAAGGAUCUGGCGUUCCGAGUUGUCGGAAUGGGCCUGAAGGCGCGAGAGGUCUCUGUCGCUGAGAUCAUGACCAAGAACCCGCUGUGCGCGAGAACGGACACCAGCGCCACCGACGCGCUCGAUCUUAUGGUACGGAAGGGAUUCAGACACUUGCCGGUCAUGGAUGAGAACCAGGAUAUCUCUGGUGUUUUGGAUAUUACCAAGUGCUUCUAUGAUGCUAUGGAAAAGUUGGAACGCGCAUACAGUUCGUCUCGCAAGCUAUACGAUGCGCUGGAAGGUGUGCAGACAGAGCUUGGCUCUAGUCAGCCCCAGCAAGUCAUCCAGUACGUUGAGGCAUUGCGAUCGAAGAUGUCCGGCCCGACCCUUGAGACCGUUUUGGAUGGCUUGCCGCCCGUCACUGUUUCGGUCCGCACCACCGUCAAGGACGCUGCGGCUCUGAUGAAGGAAAACCAUACUACUGCUCUGUUAGUCCAGGACCAAGGCUCGAUCACUGGUAUCUUCACUAGCAAGGAUAUUGUUCUUCGCGUUAUUGCUCCGGGCCUCGACCCGUCCACUUGCAGUGUUGUCCGUGUGAUGACUCCUCACCCCGAUUUCGCCCCGUCAGAUAUGAGCAUCCAAGCCGCACUUCGCAAGAUGCAUGAUGGCCACUAUCUCAACCUCCCCGUGAUGAACGAGGGCGGUGAAAUUGUCGGCAUGGUGGAUGUGUUGAAGCUCACCUAUGCCACACUUGAACAGAUCAACACUAUGUCAACACAAGACGACGAGGGCCCCGCAUGGAACAAGUUCUGGUUAUCGAUGGAUCACGAGUCAGACUCUAUGGUCUCUGGCGGCCACAGCCAGCAACCGAAUACCCCACACCGCUCAGUUAUGAGCCCCGACCACACUCGCUCAGGCUACGACAACAGUCUUCUUCCUAACGACUCAGCUUCGCACCACGGUGAUGAGCAUUCCGAAGUUGUUUCUCAGCACCACCCAGCAGAACCAGCUGCUCCUACUCCAUUCCCCUUCAAGUUCAAGGCCCCUGGUGGCCGAGUGCACCGUGUCAACGUCCUUACCACCAACGGCCUUACUGACCUGGUGGCGCAAGUCACAGCGAAACUUGGCAAGGAAGUCGAGGCUGUUGGUGGCGAGGCUACCGUUGAGGAUGGUUGUCUGAGCAACACUGGAUAUGCGCUCAGCUACAUGGAUAACGAAGGCGAUACCGUCUCCAUCACCACGGAUCAGGACAUGACGGAUGCCAUCGAUCUAACCCGCCGUACUCACCGCGACAAGGUCAAUCUGUUUGUCCACGACCCCGCCCAGCCGCCCAUCCCUGCUGCGGUUGAACCCCAUCAUGUUAAGAUUGUGACUCCUAUCGAAGAGCAAAGCGUUGUUGAGGACCCUGCAUCACAAGAAUCCCCUGUGAGCAAAGGCCUGCCCCAGCAGCAAGCCGUGCCCUCUCACGCGCCAGAGGAGCAAUUUAUUGCCGGUGUCCCUAACGACUUGUUGCUUCCUGGUGCUAUUGUCACAUUGGCUGCUGUUAUUGCGGGCGUAUUCAUUCUCAGCCGCCCCAGUGGCCGGUAA